AUGAGCGAGGACGAGUUCGUGGUGCUGCUGGAGCACGCUGGAAUUUUAGAGACAUCAGACGAGAACGACAUGGAAUUCAUGGAGGAGACAGUGCUUCGUGAGUGGCUGGAGCGCGACGGCGUGCAGCUUUUCACUACUCAGGUGACGGCUGCUAAGCGCGACCAGAACGACUCGGACCUUGUCGUGGACGGCAGCUCGACGGCACCGACGGCCACUGCCACUGCCACAACACUUGUCGGCGAGGCGAGAACACGAAUGGCGGGUCAUAUUUUGGCCAGACUGUUGGAGAGGGGCUGGAUUGCGCCCAUUGAGUUCGAUUAUGAUGAGGACGAGACGGAGGAGUGGAAGACCCAAGUUGUAUACACCGCGGCUGCGGACAAAUGAGGCAUAUCGCAUUUACAUUGAGAAGGACCCCACGGCGAAGCAGUUGACCGUACGGGGAUUCCAUCUCCGUGUCCAUGAGCUCCGUACAGCUGGCUUGUCGACAGAGCAAGAUGGAAGCGAAAUACCCGCACCCAUUCCAGUAUCUGUGGUGGAUAAUGACAUGAAGUCGCGAAUACGAGAAAAGAUGUGGCAAGACUGCUUCCCGACGUGCUCCGAGAGCGCCAAGCAAACGUUUUUAUCUUUUACACGGCCAGAGAUCAUUCUGUACGCUACACUAGGACUCAACC